CGGGUAUAAAGCCGGGCAGAGCUGCCGGUCAGUUGGGGGAAAAUUUGCACUUUUCUUCCCAGCGGGUGGUGUUCGUUGCUGCUGCCGUGUGCCUGAGGAGUCUGGGUUAUCUAACCAACGACGACAAAGAUCCUCUCAGGUUUCCUCGCUGUUCAGAUCAGCCGUCUGUGAAACCCCGUGCAGCUCUCCCCUCAAAAGGAAACUAAAUUCCACCCACCUGCCUGCACGUAAAAGAACCACUGCACCCAAGCCUUCAAGAUGAUGCAGAUCAGCAGCGACCCGGCCAGCAACAAGCACUCGCUCAUCAACGUCAUGCACCGCUUCAUCGCCGCGGCCAACAACAUGGACGAGACCAUCAUGGUGCCCAGCCUGCUCAGGGACAUGCCCCUGGAGGAGCAGGCGGCCGGCGAGGUGGAGGCCAACAACAACGAGCCGCCCUGCCCCAACAAGCAGAGGGACAUGUACGAGCACUACCUGCUCCUCAAGUCCAUCAAGAACGACAUGGAGUGGGGCCUGCUGAAGCGGGAGAUGAGCAGCGGCGCCAGCUUUUUGGAGAUGGCGGUGAAGCAGGAGGAGCAGCGGCAGCAGCCGGCGGUGACGGGCGAGCUGCCGCUGGAGGACAACGCGGACCUGGAGCACCAGUUCCACUACCACCUCAGAGGACUGUUUGGAGUUCUGUCCAAGCUCACGCUGCAGGCCGACCACCUGACCAACAGGUACAAGAGGGAGAUCGGCGGAGGGAACUUCAUGAGAUAGAAGUCACCUGGCCGCCGUUGUUCGUCCUCCCCCCCGGUCGGCUGGACUGCUUUAACUUGCAACAAUGGGACGUUUUGUGAAAGGGGGGCCCCCCAGUCUCUUUUCAGACAAAUCCUCAAUGGACGGUGAAGCGACCCGGGCGCCCUGUUCCAACCCUGAAAAGCAACACUCCAACCCUCUGCUUCCCCCUCCAUCCCCAAACCGGUGAAGCCUGCGAGCGUCCGCCUGCAGAGGCGGGACACUCUGUACUCGGGUGGAGGUUUAUGAGUCUGAGCGCAGUCCAGAUGAAGCACAGCUCUUGGUUAUGCAGGACCGUUU